UGGUUACACACAGCUUCCUCUUUGACUGUACCCAACUCACGCUUGCUUUGUUCCCUCUUCUUCUCAACUGCUUCCAUCUUCCUCUGCCUCUCCGCACUACCCUUGGUUAUAAACGCAUUUUUGGCUGAAGGAGCGAUUAUAGCUUCCUUUUAUUGUGGACAAGGAUACAACAGCAUGCGGUGGUGGCUUAGUCUCUCUGUUGAUGUAUACCGCAAAGUGAUUUCCCUGAACCUGUAUUGCAAAGUGAUUCUGUAACUCACAUACCCUUUUGAUAAAAAAACUUUUCAAUCUUCUCACUCUCUUCUCUUCCUUGCUUAACAUCAAUGGGAUCCAAUUUCUUUGUUGUUGUUCCUUGUUACGUCCGUCAGAUCAGCUGAAAAGAAAACAGAUUUUCCACACAUUUACAAGCGCUUCUCUUGAACUGGGUUUUAGUUGUUGUUAGUUAGCGUUUUUCUCUUUAAGGGUUAGUUAAGGUUAGUGGCUGGAUUUUGUGUGUUGUUCACUGGCUUGGGAGGGUUCAGACUUAAGAUUAGUUGCAUCUGGGAACAUUGUGGUUCUUCCAUUUUGAAGGGUUGGAAAGUAGUUAUGGUGUGCCAAGCAGCGAGCCAAACCAGAUUUCGGGCAUUGAAACACGAGAAUGGAACUGCAGGGUGCUCCACCAUUAUAGUUAGAGUUAUAGCAUGCUUUCAACCUCUCAGAGAAUGCCAGGCUGAAUACUUUCGUCAUUUGCUCAAACCUGUCACGUAAUAGUUUUUUUAGCUUUGCUUGUUUUGGGUUUAGCCGGUCGUUUUUGUUGUUUUCCUUGUUGGUGAAAGAGUUACCAAUAGUAAGAGAUAGCACUUGUGUUCGAAUCGUUUUUCUUCAGGUGAUUGUUGUGGUUGAAUGGGAGAAGAUUGUGGAACCUGGAUACCGAAGCUGCAUUUCGAUUGGCAAUCACCCAAUUUGAGUUCCUUUGGUGCUCCCCUUGAUGUGGGGAAGCAAAAUGGUGUUUGUGCAGCUAUGAAUCUGGGUGCCAACAUGGUCACAAGAAAUGAGACAAUGCCAGCUUAUGUAUCCUCUCUGCAACCGCAUUCACAGUUAGGACAUUCUGGUGAAUCUCAUGGGUGGUUUUAUUGCUUGCCUCGUUUUCGACAGGGAUUUACUAUGCCUGCCCCAAACUUAACGGCUGAGGCAAAACUCCCUGCUGGCCAUGUGAAAGAUUCUAGGGAGGAAAUUGUGCCAAAUAGGGAAAUGGGUUUUCCUCAAAAGCAAUUCCUGGUCAUCGAUCAAACUGGCGAUCAGACAACUCUAGUUUAUAGUUCAAGGUUUGGGAGUCCCGUUGAGUGCCUUGGUUCCUGGGAUUCAAAACUGCAUGGUUCUAACAAUUUGGAUACUUGGAAUGAAUUGCCUUCAUUAGGAAGAGAUGUGAAUCAUGUGGUUGAACUUGGAACAACUUUGGAUGAUAAAGUUGAUGAAAAUCAAGGAACUGAUGACAUUGAAAGCGAGAUGCAUGAAGACACAGAGGAAAUCAAUGCAUUGCUUUACUCUGACAGUGAUGGUUAUUCUACUGAGGAUGAUGAUGAAGUUACUAGCACAGGACAUUCACCCAGUACAAUGACAACUCAUGAUAACCAGGAAGAACCCAAUAGGGGGAUUGCAGAAGAAGUUGCUAGCUCCGCUGGAAAGGCAAAGAAGCGGAAGCUAUUGGAUGAGACUUAUGACGAUGACGUGCAGUUCAUGGACACUGCUAGUUCCCUGAAUGGGAACAAACCCUUUGAAGUGGGAGAUGAUGCAGAGUCAAGAUGCUCUAGUGGUGGAAACUGUAGUCAAGGAUCAGGUGAAAUGGGUUCAUUGUCAUGCAACAAAAGAAUGAGAAAGGAAAAGAUUCAAGAUGUUUUGAGCAUUCUACAAUGCAUAGUCCCUGGUGGGAAGGACAAGGAUCCUAUUGAGCUUCUUGAUGAAGCCAUACGUUGCUUGAAAUCAUUGAAACUCAAGAAUAAACAAGGUACCUACCUAUAUUUGAUGAAAAGUGGGAUUGAGCAAGGGAAGUGGGAAAUGGGAAUCUCUAAUCCCUUUGCUUUCAUUAUUGAGUGGGAACUGGUAGUUUUGAUUUAAUGUAAUUUGUGUGUGAAGAAAGAGUGCAAGUGUUGAGCUUAUUAUGGCGCAAUAAAGGAAAAAAUGAAUGAUUAGUCCAUGUCUUGGGGGUUAGAGAAAGUAGCACUAACGGUGGCAUGGGAUAUGAGGUGUUUUUGAAUGAGAAGACUGGUUGUUGGAAAAAGUGGCCAAAAACGAGAGUGCACGCCUCUUGGCUGUUAUGGGGCCCAACCUCACUUCCUCUUUUUGUAUCCUUGUCGUGUUCAAUCCUUUGUGGGUUUGCCUUUUCUCUGAUGUAAAAAUUAUCACUACCCAAGCACCUUCCCUUUUGUGUGAGAUUGUGACAACUUGGGGGGGGGGGGCUCCUACAGUGUCACAAUUUUCUACUUGAAGGACGGUACAGUAAUGUAACUGGCUUGUGGGAAACACUGAUUUUUGUGUUAUUAUUAUGGGGCUUGUGCUGUGCUGUGCUUCGUAAUUGGUGUAUGGACUUGUUAUUAGAAGGGAAGAAGGAUGAUAUCUUGGUUGGAUGUAAUUCAAUGUGGUUGGUGUUAUUGUUGUCUUUUUGCCUGUGUAGUUACGUCGCAUGCACGCAUUUAUUAUAUGAGAAAGUGAUGUGCUUUUUAAUUUUUAUUUCCUCAUUUUAUUAAUGUAAUUAUUAUUAUUUUGAUGAUGCUUAUGUGGGUUAAUAUUUAAAAGUAUGAAAGUUCUCUCUUGCUCCAUGGAUGGUGGGGUGAAGGGGGGACCACAGCGUUGAAUUAUUUAGGGUGGAAGAUAUACAUAUGAUGUGUUUGAGAGAGAGAGAGAGAGAGAGAGAGAGACAUGGGUUGGCACGGGUGAGGUUGUGGUGAGUAGUCAAUAGUCAUGGUAGGUAUCAAACAAAAGAAAGAAUCUCAUACAGUGUUUUAU